AUGCAGCCACUGAAAUUGUCCCAAGAGUGCAUAGAAGCAGCAGUCAGUGUUAUAUUAAGGGUACCAGCUCUGUUUCUGAUUGAAGUAUGGUUCCGCAUUAAUCCACACAAAACUAUCCAGCUACACUCGGAUGAUGUGGAGAUAAUUGUUACUGUUGCCUAUUAUUUGGCUUUGGCUGUGGCUGUAGCAAUAGCCACAUUACCCCUCAGACAUCUGGUAACCUUCUACAUAUAUCUGGUAUGUGCUGGGUUAAUGGCCUGUGCUGGUGUUGUGUCACGGGCGUAUGUCAUAGUGGAGAAACUAGAACAUGAAGAGUACCUGGAGACUGCAGAAAGAGACAAUAUUACAGUCAAGUAUGGACCCUCACAUCUUUUGGAAGAUCGCAAGCACCUUGAGCGUCUUGUACUGCAUGUCCUAGCGCAACUGUUUAUUGCGGCGAUAGUUGCCUACCUUAUGGAGAUCACAAAUUGGGUGAAGUUCACUUUACUGGCCUUUGCUCUACCAGUGGUUGCAAGACUCAUGGGAUUUCCAGUGACAGAACUACAUCUAGUUCACAACUUCGCCUCUGUCUAUACUAUCUUACUAGUUCUAUUUUGUAUUUUCAAUAAUUUGGGAAAUAUAAUAGAUAUCUGUAAAGAGGGCAUCAAUGUCACAGUUAUGUCAUUUAGAACUUUUGGCAUCAUACCAGUAAUUAUGAGCUUUUGGAGAACUAUGGCUCUUCCUGUUCAGUUGCUUCUGUUCUGGGGCUUGAUGUUUCUGUCCCAAAUUUAUGUCUAUGUCUAUACAGAUAAUCUAGGACUCUGGCAGGAAGGGUGGCUAGUUGUUCUCCUGGCCAGUAUGGGAGAGUGCUGUGCUACACCUGUCAGCUUACUUGCUUUGUGUGUCACCAUCACCUAUUCAUCCUGUGCCAUUCUUUGCCUGACAAAGCUGUAUCUGCAAGGCAUUGAUGCAUUUGAUCAUGAUACCAUGAGAGGUUGGACAGAAGGCUUUACAAUGCUUUUGAUUGCCAUACAGACUGAUUUGCUGGAGCUCCGACCACUUCAGCGUGCCUUCUUAAUGAGCAUCCUUUUAUUUAUUGUUGCUUCCUCACUGAUCCAGUCCAUGUAUGAGAUUACAGAUCCUGUAUUGCUGGCACUUAGUGCUUCUCAUAAUACCAGCAUUGUCAAGCAUGUUAAAGCUGUGGUCCUCUGCACAUUCCUUUGGAUGCUGCCUCUGUACAUGACCUACUUUAUCUGUCAGUACUUCGACAUGGAUUUCUGGCUGAUGGUCAUUAUUUCUAGCUUUCAGGUUAUAGGUUCAUUAGUGGUGUAUUUAUUGUUCAUGUAUGACUUUUUACGUUCAGAGCCUUGGGAGAACCUGGACGAUGUCAUCUACUAUGCAAGAGCUGUUACCAGGGUGAUGGAAUUUAUUGUUGCAGUAUUUGUUGUUUGUUUUGGCUUGAAGGAGUCUUUGAUUGGUGAGUGGAGCUGGAUCAAUUCUAUUAUACUGGUUGUCCACUGUUACUUCAAUGUGUGGCAACGUCUUCAGAGUGGAUGGCAGAGCUUUCUUUUACGCUGGGAAGCUGCUAAAAAGGUGGAGUCUCUUCCUCUUGCUUCAGAUGAACAAUUAAGAAGACAUGAUGAUGUUUGUGCCAUCUGCUACAGUGAUAUGAGAACAGCCUGUGUGACGCCGUGUGAACAUCUCUUCCAUGGAGUCUGUUUGAGGAAGUGGUUGUACGUCAAGGAGACUUGUCCCAUGUGUCACAGAGACCUGGCAUCCAACACCGAGCAACCAGAGCACAGUGAUCAUCUUCAUGUAAAUAACAUAGCCAGCGAUGAUGUUGUGGCUGAAGAAGGUGCAGUCGGUCCAGAAAAUGAAAUGAACAAGCCUGACUCAGAUAACUCUAGCAACUCAAGCGGUACUACUGAAUUUGAUAGUGUGGACAUAGAUCUGGAUUAUGACGAUGGUGAACUCGCUGAGGCGGAUCAAUAG